AUGACGACGAGUACCUUGACGGAAGUAACCCAUUGUUACAAUGGAAAUAUCAAGGAUGGGCUGUUUCAUGGUCAUGGGAUUUUAAUAUACUCUAAAAAUGAAAAGUACGAAGGAGAUUUUGUAUACGGGAAAAGAGAAGGAAAAGGUAAAUUUACAUAUGCAGAUGGUGCAACAUAUGAAGGGGAUUGGGUUGAUGACAAUAUUCAUGGAAAAGGAAUAGCGAAAUUUGUUAGUGGAAAUAUAUAUGAAGGAGAAUGGGAAAAUGGAAAGAUAAAUGGAUUCGGUAUUUUAAAUUAUAAUAACGGGGAUGUGUACGAAGGAGAGUGGUUAGAUGGGAAAAUGCAUGGAAGAGGUACAUAUACUUAUGAAGAUGGAGAUGUAUAUAUAGGUGAAUGGAAAAAUGAUAAAAGACAUGGGAAAGGAUGUGUAAAAUAUAAGGGUAAUGAAAAUAAAAUUGCAGAAACAUAUGAAGGCGAUUGGUUUGAGGGAAAAAUGCAAGGAAAAGGUACUUAUUUUUUUGCUGAUGGAGGAGUUUAUGAAGGAGAUUGGAUUGAUGGAAAAAUGGAGGGAAAAGGAAUUUAUAAAUUUUUAAAUGGUAAUAAGUAUGAUGGAGAUUGGUUUAAUGAUAUGAAAAAUGGUUAUGGAAUUUUAACAUAUGUAAAUGGGGAAAUGUAUGAAGGAUAUUGGAAGGACGAUAAAGUACAUGGGAAAGGUACACUAACAUACAGUAAGGGAGAUAAAUAUAUAGGCGAAUGGAAAUUUGCAAAAAAGUCAGGUCAAGGUGAAUUAAUUUAUGCUUCAGGGGAUAAAUUUAAAGGGGAAUGGAAAAAUGACAAAGCUAACGGAUUUGGUGUUCUUCUCUACUCUAAUGGAAAUAAAUAUGAAGGAGAAUGGGUUGACGACCAAAGACAUGGGUUUGGUACUUUUACUUGUAAAGAAGAUGGAACUGUUUAUUCUGGGAAUUUUGCAUUUAAUCGUAAAGAGGGAAAAGGUACAUUGACCUUUGUCGAUGGUAACAUUUUGGAGGGCAUAUGGAAUUUGGGUACACUCACCAAGGUGACCAGUUUUCAGCUAGCCAUGUCUUCCCCGUGGAACGACCCAGAUAUGUGA